ACAGCUGCCGAUCUUCACAUUUGAUACUUUAUUGCAGUUUUGGCACACUUUGAGAACAUAGAGUUGGUACAAAUUUGCCGAUACAUUUGAUUGAAAAAAAAAAAUCAGUUUAUUGAAAAAAAAAAGUCAGACUACUAUUUUGAAUAAUGCAACUAAAAAUUAAUUAGUUGUAUGUAAUAAUUCAGAAUUUAGGUGAUGGAAUAUUUAACAAAGCGUUGUCCGUUUUUUAAUUUAUGGCAACCAGGCUGGCGCAUAAUGGAAACGAUCAUGCCGUACACCGGAUGGGGAAAUUGUGAUAUAGUUAUUAAGAGACUGUAAUUGAGUGGAAUUUUAAAUUCUCUUUUUCGUUAAUAGAAGUAUGGUAAUUUAUAUACGGUAGCAGAGCAUUCAUUGGGAGUUGACAUUGCUUCAUUCAUCAGUAACUUAAUGUGUGGACUUCGAGCAAAUACUUCAAAAUGUUUUCUGUGUAUUUGUGGAAAGUACAUACUGUAAAAAAGGAAUACAGUUUUAAGUAGUUUAAAAAUAAAUUAUGGCUGAAGUUACACAUUCAGUUGUUUUUUCAUCUGAUGGGCACUGGAGAAACAGACCUCCCAGCAAAAUUCCCUCAUUGUGGAAAUCAUAUUUAUAUCAGUUACAACAACAGGCUCCUAUUCCAAAAAGAAUUCUCUGUAACCGAGAGGUACAUGGAAAGCCAUCGCAUUAUGGAAGAGAAUUUCAUGGGAAAAUAUCGAGAGAAGAAGCAGAACGCCUCUUGGUUGAAGAUGGAUGUUAUUUAGUUCGAGAAAGUCAGAGAGCUGUGGGUCAAUAUACAUUAAGCAUGAAGUUUGGGGGAGUAACGAAGAACUUUAAAUUGUAUUAUGAUGGAAAACAUUACGUGGGGGAGAAGAGAUUUGAUACUAUACAGGAUCUUGUUGCUGAUGGCCUCAUUUCGCUGUACCUGGAUGCUCAUGCUGGGGAUUACAUUGCUACUAUGUGUAUGGAGUCUAAAUAUGAAGACAGUCCUUAUAUGACUUUAAAUUCAUACAAAAGAAAAAUGACUCGAAAUCAUUCCAGAAGCACCUUUAAACAUGCUAAAGAUGAACUUGCUUUAAAAAAGGAAUUAUCUAAGCCUGAAACAUUCCACGAAUAUGAUAGACCUCCAGUAGAGAAUUCUUCCAGUGAUAAAUCUUUUCAUGAAAAUGGAGAUGAUAUUGAUGUAAUGCAGUUUGAGAAACCUCAUGUUUUUAAGACAAACAACUUUAUAGGACUGCCUUGGUGUGAUUUUUGUGGAAAUUUCAUGUGGGGCUUAAUAGCUCAAGGAGUUAAAUGUGAAGAUUGUGGCUUUAGUGCACAUAAGAAAUGUUCAGAGAAAAUUCCCAAUGAUUGUAUGCCAGAUUUAAAGUAUGUGAAAAGAGUCUUUGGUAUUGACCUUAUAACGCUUGUCAAAGCACAUAACACUUUGAGACCUUUUGUGGUUGAUCUUUGCAUUAAAGAAACAGAGAAAAGAGGUGUGGAUGUUGAAGGAUUGUAUCGAGUUUCAGGUUUCAGUGAUGAAAUAGAAAUGUGUAGAAUGGUCUUUGAGCGGGAUUGUGAAAGUGCAGAUAUCAGCAGAAAUGCAUUUGAAGAUAUCAAUGUAAUAACUGGUGUACUGAAAUUAUUCUUUCGCCUUCUGCCAGUUCCAUUAAUAACUUUUGAAGCAUACAGUUCCUUUAUUGCUGCUGCAAAAAAACCUGCCUUAAGAGAAAAGUUAGAAUCACUGAAGGAAGCCUUGAAAACAUUACCGCCUGCUCAUUAUCAAACACUUAAAUUUUUGAUGGCUCAUCUGAAUAGGGUUGCUGAGAGACAAAAGUACAACUUGAUGACUCCUCAAAACUUAAGCACUGUAUUUUGCCCAACUCUGCUUAGAUGUCCUGAGGUUGGUGGUGUUCCUGAUCAGUUAACAGCAUGGCAUGCAGAAAGUACUGUUAUUGAGCUAUUAAUUACCCACCAGAAACAACUCUUUGAUCACUGACAUUCAUGUAUCUAAACUUUUCAUAAUAUAAUUUAUUUCUCACUGUCAGCCUAAACUCUGAUAUGUUUUAAUGCUUCCUGCCAGUAUGCUUUGUGCUCUUUGCAUUUUAGCAGGGAGUUUCAGAGUGAUCGCCGGAAAAAUGUUUUAUUAAAAGUUUGUAUUACUUUGUUAAAAAAUUAUUAAGUAUUUGAUAUAGGUGUAAUUGGUAGAGGUAUGCAUGAUUAGGAAUUAUGAAUGUGUCAAAGAAAGCAUACUACUUACAACUGAAAUUAAGUGUUACGCCUCUGUAAUGUUAAAUAGGUUUUUAUACUGGCAAUAUAAUGAUGUACUUAAAAUAAUGACCCAUGUUAGUAGGAAUGUAUGCAUUUUCACAGUGUUUUUAAUUAAAUUCAAAGUGGGAAAAGAAAAAAGAUAGAAUUGUAACAUAAACAUGUAAAAUAUUAGUGACAACCAAAACGGUGAUCAUGAUAAAAUUGUGGUCUUUAUAUGGAAGUAGUUUUAUCGUGUUGAACUUUUAAAUAAAGUAUUUAAAAAUUUUGAAAGCGUAGCUUAAAUGCAUAAGAUGUCUUGCAGUGUAUCAGUAACUUUUAAAAUAAACCUUCUUUAUAAACUGAAAUUGUUUUUAGGAAAUUUCAGUAAUCUGAAACAUUAAAAAAGGAUUCACGAUUAGAAUAAUUAAUUUAUUACAAGAAUUCUUUCUCAGUCUUAUUAGACUGUGUUUUAAAAUUUUCUUCUGAAGUCAUUCAUGAAUUUAGUCUAAAUCAGUUCGGGAGCCUCAAAAAGCGGGUAUGCUGCAAAGUGUUGUAUAAAUUGUGUUGUUGCGAUAUAUGUAAAUUAACAGCUGUAUACUCGAAAGAUUAUCAUAAGAGUUUGUAAAGUUUUAAAAGCUAUCUUGGAACAUAUUUGAAUGAUGUUUAUUCUGCUGUUUUCUUUCUGAUCUAUAUUUUAUUUCUGUGUUAUUUCAUACAUUAUGUGUAUAGAGAGAAUAAAAAUGAGGUAUAAAAUAUUAACCUGAUAAAAUUUGCAAAAUUAGUGAUCAUUAACAGUGUGCAAAUGCCACCAUCAUAAUGUGUAAAUAUUUUACAUACUAGUAUUUAAUCUUUUAAUAUCUCACAAACUAAACCUUAUUACAAUACAAAGUCCGACAUCUGGACUCGUCGGAACUUUGGCGAUUCGGGAUUUUUCCAGAUAUUAGAUCAUCAGCUUAAAUCUAUUAAGGUGUCAUAUAGAAAUUAUAAAAUGAAAAAUAUGUAAUCGUAAUUAAUGAAGUAAUGAGGAGUUCAAUCUAAAAAAAUAUCAAAAUUUACAAAAAAAAAAAAAUUGUGUACUUCAUUAACUCUCGCAUCGAGAGAGGACCAAAUCUGUUUUCCUCAAACAUCGAAAAUGCUGGUGUGUAGGAAUUUCUCUUGGAAUGGUUUUCCUUCCCCCCAUGACAAGUAGAAUGCUAACAGUAACCUGCUUAAGUAAAGCAACAACUUCUUUCUUGGAUGUCUUCACCACUGUGUGCAUUUUCCCCUUGGGACAGGAUUGCAACUUCAGGCAUCAAUAUGUAAAUAUUGACAGUAAACAAAGAAAGCAUUAGGUACAUUAAAAUAACAGAACUGCAUUUAGUUGCUCCAGAAAAAUGAUUGACAUGUCAUUUAAAAACUCCUGAAAGCAAUGGGUAGUGCACUAACAUGAUGGGGGGAAAGCACUAGAUAGAAAAUGAUUCAGGCAAUCGGGCGACAUGCCGAUGUCUGAGUGGUCAGGUGUUUCGGCAACUUUCGUGCGAAAGAGUUAAACCGUUUCUUUCAAUGUAAGUUAUUUAAUUUACUUUUUUUUUUUUUUGUGCUAAUACAUUCUCUUUAAUUCUAUAGACAGACAUAAUUUCUUGUUCAGUUACAAAGUUCCAUUGUUCAAGUUCUGUAAUUGUCGUGUCAAGAAUUCCAACUAACUUGUUAAUCAAACUUUUUUCGUUUUUAAUAACUAUCACUUUCUUCACUGUUGGUAUUUUCUGGAUCUAGAACCAUACUGCAGAUUUCGCUAUCCAUUAGUUGAUUGAUGAUUGGGGCAUUGUCAUCACAAUGAAAAACUUAAUUUAUAAUUAAUCCACAUUCUCUUAUGCAGGAUUGAGUUCUUUAAUAACGAGGUAUUUUGUUUAGUGCCGAAGUGAAAUUAAGAAUUGGGCUCCACAUAUGAUAUAUUAUGGGGGGGGGGUAAAAAUCAAAUGCACAUGCGUAAGGCAUACAAAAAAAUUCAUUAAAAAAAAAAAACAAGAUUAUUGCUGGCUUUGAGGUCCAGAUCUCGGACUUUACUGUAAUGAAAAAUUAACCAGGUGGUAAAUUUUUCAUUCAUGAAGUGUCUUUUCAGAUGUGAAAGUCACCAAGAUCUACUAAGUGUUUAUCCUCAGCUUAAUUUUUUUACUUUAGGUAUGUCUCUGUGUAAAUUAUUGUUUUAAUUUUUUAUAUGUUAUUAAAAUAUGCUAGUGGUUUAAUGAAUUUUUUUGUUUUUUAUUUUUUUAUGUAGGUAACAUUAGAGAACAUUGACCAGUCCUUUUACUUUGUUGUUCAAAUUAUAUUUAUCGGGUUAAUUUAAUUUUUGAGGUAAUAUUUCCCUAAUAUCAAUACAUGAGAUUUUAUUUGGGAAGGGGGCAGAUGUGUACACAAAUCUUCUCAUGUUAGAUCAUUUUAAGAGCAAACUGUUUCUUGAUAAAAUUAGCUUAAUAUUAACUAUUAUUGUUGGCUUAAAUUCAUCUGGUAAGUUUUUAAAAAAAUGGACAGUUUGACAUUAGAUAAUGGGAAGAGUGAGGAGAUCCUAUCGAGUGAGACGUUAUUGGAUUUCUUUGCAAUUUUUGUUGACUUUGUGUGACUAUUCACAGUUUACUUUAUUUUAUGCAACAAUUUGUUAUUUUCUAAUUUUUGGGUGUUGUGUUCACCAUAUUAAUUUUUUCUUUGUAAGGUGUUUUGUGAGGUAUUUAAGAUUUUUGAACUAUUAAUAGUUAGUGCAUAUGUAUAUAAACACACAUUGAGUUAUAAUUUUAGAGUAACACUAAUAUCUGAUAAUUGUUUUUAGGAAAAAUUAUUUUUUUGUAUUUUUCCUAUAAAUUUUUCUAGCAAAUAUGCAUUGCUUUGUUGCAACUUUAUGCAAUCCUGUUCUGUUGAAUAUUUGUAUUCUUACUGCAGGGUUCUCACUGACUUGUUCCAUCAUAAAAAUGAAAAAUAGUCAGAAAAAAUUAAUAUUUUUAAAAAAUUCACAUUUUAAAAAAAGUGAAAAUCAAGCUAUUCAAAUAAUUAAAUGACAUACGGUUUUCAAAAAAAUCUUUUUAGAGAAAAAAAAAAAAAUUAUACUAAUUUGUAGAAGAGUUACUGUAAUGUUUUCUUCCAGAAAGUAUCAUAAGAUCACCUAUUAGUGAGCAUCACUCUUCUCUUUAGAAAUGUUACUGUUUUACUUACCUUUCUAUUCAGAAGUAUAAUUGUCUUUCAUAUUUAAGUAGUUCAGUUGUGUGGAUAUGCAUUCAAAUAAUUUAUGUUAACAGUCUAGUGUCAUUUUAAUCUCUUCAGUUAUAUUUUGAAAUGCCAAAAGAGUAAUAUUUGUUGAGAAUAAAUAUUUAUUUAAAUUCAA